AUGUCAAAUCCACUCAAGGUGAUAAAUAUUUCUGAAGAUUCUCUUACAACUGCCAAAGAGUUGCUUGAUGCUGCAACUUCUCAAGGGUUUUUAUUUCUUGAAGGACAUGAUUUCACUCAAGCAGAAGUUGAUAAAUUAUUUGAAUUAUCAAAAUCAUUUUUUGAAUUACCAAGCACUUAUAAAUCGAAAUAUUCAGUUGAUUCUUCAAAUCAUGGUUAUGUAAUGUUAGGCAAAGAAAAUCUUGAUCCUAAUAGUCAAACUCAAGGUGAUCCCAAGGAGGCAUUGAACAUUGCUAAUUUGAAUUUUGAAACUGGUAAAUCUUUAAAUGUGAUUCCCGAUUGGAUUUCCAAUAACAAAGAAAGGGAUGAAUUGAUUUCAAACACAAUUCUUAGAUUAUAUCAAUUAUCUAUCAAGAUUCUUCGUAUGCUUGCUCGAGCUUUAGAAAUCGAGGAUGAUGAUGACGAUAAAGUGAAAGGUGAAAAUUGGUUUGCUUCAAGAUAUGCUAGUGAUUGUGAAUCUGGAUCUACUUUUAGAUUUCUUCAUUAUCCAUGUCAGAAAUCAUUGAAUCCAGAAAGUGUGAUAAGAGCUGGUGCUCAUACUGAUUAUGGUUCUAUGACACUAUUAUUUCAAAAGGAGAAUCAAGAAGGUUUAGAGAUUUUUUCACCUAUAUCGAAGAAAUGGGAACAAGUUCCCUUUAUUUCUUCUACUGUUGAAAAAAUGGCACCUCCAUUAGUGGUUAAUAUUGGUGAUUUGUUAAGUUACUGGACAGCAGGGUUAUUGAAGUCAACUAUUCAUCGAGUGAAAUUCCCUGCUAAAGCACAAGAAUUGGGACAAGAUAGGUAUUCAAUAGUAUUUUUCAGUCAUCCUAGUGACAAUGCAUUAUUAGAACCUGUACCUAGUGAAAUUAUAAGAGCAAUUGAAGGAAGAGGUGCUAACAAAGAAACAACAUAUAUAACAGCAAAGCAACAUUUACAAAAGAGAUUGGCAGCUACAUAUGGAUGGAAGAAGUAA